AUGUGUGAGGAAUUCAAAAGUUCAAUGAUGCUGAAGUUUGACAUGACUGAUUUGGGAAAAAUGAGAUACUUUCUUGGAGUAGAAGUCAUACAAAGUAAUGCUAGGAUUUUUAUUUGUCAAAGAAGAUAUGCCCUUGAGGUUCUAGCCAAAUUCAACAUGGUAGAUAGUAAUCCUGUAAGGAAUCCUAUUGUUCCAGGUACCAUGCUUUCAAAGGAUGACAAUGGUGUUGCAGUAGAUGCAACUAAGUUCAGAAAAGUAAUUGGAAGUCUCAUGUAUUUGACAGUAACUCGACCAGAUUUGAUGUUUGAAGUAAAUCUGAUAAGCAAGUUCAUGGCUAACCCAAAGUAG